AUGUACUGGGCAAUGAUUAUGCUUGAAAGACUUGUUUUAUACGAAUGUCCAUUCGACCACCUCAAACCAGCAUUGGAUUACCCAAGCCCAGAGACCCAACUGCCAUCUGACCUUAUCUCCCCAAUUUACGUUCAUUCGCAUUCUUCCCCUGAUGUUGGCCAACCGGCCACUGUGGGUGAUCUACACUCAACUAACGUGGGAUCCUUUGGUCGCCAGAUCCAGGCGAUUUCAUUUCUCGUCCAGGUCCUACAGGUUACCGACGACAGUAAUACGAUACCCUUGUCAGAGCUUAUCAAGCUGGACGAGAAACUACGAGGGUUCCUGACUAUAUUAAUGAGUCAAUGUCCCGCAAAACAUCAAUGCGGUGCGAAUGGAGUUAUGAUAAGGUCGCUGGUCCGCCUACACCAAUAUAUCCUCAAGCGACCGUGUACGCCAGGUCACCCGGAAGCCAAGAUCCAAGAGCAGUCGCAUGCCGCCCUUGACACGCUUGCCCGCAUGAUGAUCGAGGUUGCCCAAGAUCAUCUCAAACGUUUCGUCCCCGGUAAAAUCGACUCACUACCCCUCUCAUGUUCGUACAAUAUACGGUCUAUGAUGGAUCUGAUAGAGGAUAGGUGGAGUCGUAUUAGCAGCAAACAACCACCAAAGGGACUAGAGGCGUUUGUGGCACUACAUGAGGCUGUCUGCAAAAGAUGGAGGUCUUCGCUGGAACAUUAG